CAAAUGUACCGCUAAAUCUACGUCACAAGCAAGAGUGACGUCACGAACGGGAACGUAGAACCGCCAUUGCACUUUGCGCCUCAACACAAAACAAGGGAAAUUUCAACAGAAGAUCGGCAAUACAUCCAAUAUCAUAGGAAAAUUAAACUUCAGCAAAGAAUCUCUUCAGGUAACAAAUCAUGGAGGUGGGUGAGGUAACUAACUCUGAUCUUGGUGCCGGAACAGUAGUAGUUGGAGAUGAUGGAGAGCUACAGUAUGAGCUUACCCAGUCUGCUGGAUCUUUCUUGACAAAUUCACACAUUGUAUCUCAAGGUACUAUAACUGAUCCAAAUGGGACUGUGCUGUCUUUACCUAUUCAGCUAGUACAGUUACAUGACCCUGGAGGGGAUUCUAAUGUUGGUCGAAAUUCAGGUAUAUCCAGUGGAACACCAGCCUUCAGUGGAAAUGUAAUCAUAAAAGCUAAUCCAGAUGGCACAAGAGCUUACUUUUUAGAACCAUCAGAGUUAUCUGUUGGAGAAGAUAAUGGUGAGGGGCGCCUUAUUCCACUACAAGAUAUGAAUGAUGUAGCUGUAUCAGCUAGUUUGGCAGAAAUACAGGAUAG